AUGGAUCAAUCUGUCACGCACUUUCAUACCUCACGAAAAUUCGAAGGCUGCUUUGAAGAUUUUAAAGUUGCAUACAUCGACACCCAUGACCACACAACUAAGUUAACAUGGAUAUCAAGUAAACAGCAGCCUCUUCUUCAAAGCCCUUCUUUACUGGCACGAAGAUGCUUAGAGCUUAACGCUGCCAAGGCUAAAUCCAACUUAUUACUAUUGGAAUACAAACACAAUUUUCGACUUCGUCUCCCUCGUCCGUGUCCUUGCUAA